UUUGUAUAAAUUAUUAGGUUGUUUCUUUGUUUUAGAUCCUCCUGAUCCAGUUAACACCUCAUCAAUAGUCAGUAUUGUUAAUUGCACUGGGGUAUAUUUAUACUGGACUCCACCUGUCACUCCAACUGGAUGUCAUAUUUUAAAUUAUACACUAAAGUGGGAUGACAUUGCUGUUGAGACUGAAGAACCAUUCCAUUACUGGCUCGCAGAUGAAUUACCUUCUAAUGAAACACUCACUGUUAGUAUUGAAGCAGUUAAUGUGAUUGGUCCUAGUGAAGUGACUUCUAUUAACAUUAGUAUUGCCGUAGAACCUGUUGUUAAUAUUGUCAACCACAGUGUAAUCAUAUUAUCUUCAGCAGCUCAACUAAUUGUAAAUGCUGAGUUGGAUUCUGAGUACUGCCCUUUCUCCUCUCCAAGUCUCCUUCAUAUUUGUACGACCUGUAAUGAUAGUACUAGCCCAUUCUGUUCAUACAUUAAUCUCACUAUAUACAAUGAUGUGAUGAUUACUAUUAGUACCUCACUUCCUCUUGAUCUCCGUCAAUGUGUAUCCACCCUUAUCUGGUCUAACGUUCACUUGUCAUUCAUCAGUUAUAUCAAUGAUACUUUCAGCACAUCUCCAGUUCACAGUGUAUUUAUUCCUGCUAGCAGUUCUACUGGUUAUUUUAGAGUCAAUUGUACUUUAUUGCCAGGUGGAAGUGGGUGCGUCAUUAAAGUUUUUAACUCAUCUGGUUUCUUCAUUUUUAUGGAAGUUUUAACUCUAAAUGACACUGUCACAGUUUCUGAUGAUGACUAUACAGUGGUUUCAAAGACCACAACUCAUCGAUUAACAGCUAAUGGAACAUAUAUUGUACAUGUAUACUCGCUUAAAGAUAGUGACAUUGUAGGUGGUGUAGUCAUUGCUAGUAGCAUCAUUGAAGUGAUACUGCCAUCACCCUCACCAUCACUUGUCAGUACAUCCUCACCAUCACAUACACUCCCACCCUCCCUCUCACCCUCACUCUUAUCAUCACCAUCACAAUCAGUUACAUCAUCUCCAUCACCAUCCUGUUUCACUGACUGUUCAGAUUCUAAUUCACUAGGUGCAAUCAUUGGUGGUGUUUUUGGUGGUAUUAUUGGUAUUAUUCUUAUUGUUUGUUUUAUUUUUUGUGUUGUUUGUUUGGCAAAGCAUUACAAUUGUCAGCGAUGUGGGCAAUAUGAAGUGGAACGAAGGCCACAAAAUGAUACCGAGACAUUGGAGCUGGAUACCAUUAAAAAUGGAACAUUUAAAAGAUCUCAACAUGAAUCAACUCGUGCUGCCGGUGAAGCUAAAUCCUCUGAAAGACCACUACUUAAUGGAAGUCAGAGUGCAACUGACACAGGUCCAGGAGAUGAUGUUAAAUCUCCAACUUCAGAUGUCAAUCCUACCAUUCUGGAAGAGCAAUAUCAAACAGAUGCACACCUUAGUGCAGGCACUGGUGAUUUACAAGCAUCAGCUCCUGUUAUGAAAGAAGUAACAACGAAAGCAUCAAGUGAUGAUGAUGACAAGAGAGAAUACACACUUGAUAAAAGAGAACAUGACCCUAGACCCCAAAUUACAGAAAGGAAAAUACAAGAAAGUCAAGCAGUUGAUCAUAAUAUUGAAGUUAAUCCAAUGUAAUGAUAUAUUUUGUUUGAACUCUUCACUUGUUUUUAUAAUUAUUUUUAAAGUAAACACAAACCUGCCCUUAGUA